CGCUUGAGAAGUCACGAUUAGAAAUUUUGUCACUGUUUUUCCAAGCGCGCAAAUUAAAGGUACUGGCGCCCAAGGAACUUUGUUUGUUUUGAUGAUUUCAUUUAAAUAUUCAUAAACAUUAUAUAAGGAGGCGAUUAGGAGUCCGCGACUAACGGUCGGAUAAACAGCAGAUUAAAAGACCUAGGUAAGGACCGUCAUCAUAAUAUCGGCAGUGAUAAUGGUGCUGAGUGAGAGCGACGCCGGGAAGAGCCUGACCGCGGCGGCGGCGAGAGGAGACACGGCGGAGGUGCGCAGGCUGCUGGAGGAGAGGAGAGUGCACCCCGACACCAGGAAUGAAUUCGGCAAAACAGCCUUACAGGUCAUGAUGAUGGGUAACACCAACGUUGCUUGCUUGCUGUUGGAGAACGGUGCCAACCCAAACAUCCAGGACCGUUUCGGUAUCACCCCGGCCCACGACGCUGCCCGGACAGGCUUUUUGGAAACAUUGUGUGUUCUGGUCGAUCAUGGCGCCUCGGUCAACAUUCCCGAUAAAUCUGGUGCUCUGCCCAUUCACAUCGCCAUCCGAGAGGGCUACAGAGACGUGGUGGAAUUCCUGGCACCACGUUCGAACCUCGGCCACCAGGACACGCGAGGGGAUACGGCGUUAGACAUCGCAGAAGCCUCGUGCACACCAGACAUGGUGGAGCUGCUGAAACGGCAGCUGGAAUCCUCCCUGGCGUUCCAAUCAUAGAAAAUUUAGGUAUAAUUGUGAAUUAUAAGCCACUCUAAAGGGCUAGAAGCCCACAAAGAACUUUUAUUUCUCAUGUUCAGGACUAGCAUACAUUACUACAGUUCUAUGUUUAUUAUAGUUUAUUUCGUCGUUUUAGUUAGACAGUUAAUACUAGAUGAAGAAUGUAGCAGCAGUUUUGCACAGAGCAAAAAACUCUUUGCCAUGCACAAUUGUAGAACAGCUCUUUUUUCAUCCUUUUAGAAGCGAAGUUACAUUUACUGCACGGGUUUGUGUAGAAAACUUGAACUGUUAACCAAUUUUUUAAAGAAAAAGAAAUCUCAUGAAAUUACUGUUGCCUUUUCUCACCUAGUGAGACUAUGCAACAUGCACUGAUGAAUUUGCAUGAUCAUUUGCUUAGUUUGUAUUUGUGUGUGUGUGUGUGUGUGUGUGUGUGUGCGUGCCUGU